GAUUUCUCUGCUACAUGUCCUGAAGUUUCACAACACAAGCACGUGUGUCGUAAGCUUUUGUAAUACAUCGAUACCUCUUCAACUAAAUAAGUGAUACCGAUCACAACAAGUUACUUUAACAUAUUGUAGCUAAGGGCAAAUGUCUCAAGUCGUUUUCAGAAAUGUUGUGAAGAGUAUAUUCCAACAGGCAGGAAAAUAUUACGCAUAUCAAUUGAAACAUUGUGUGAAUUAUUGCACCAGAGAAACUAAGUGGAAGGGCAAUCUAUCCACAAUGAAAUUAGAAACUCCAAAGUUUCACAGUAUGUUUACACCAGAACUGAAGGAAUUGAUUAGUGUUUUUGAAAGACACAACUAUGAGCUGAGGAUCGCAGGAGGUGCAGUGCGAGAUCUGCUUCUGGAUAUUUUGCCAUCUGAUGUUGAUUUCGCCACCACAGCUACCCCUGAUCAAAUGAUGCAAAUGUUUACUAAAGAGGGCAUUCGUAUGUUCAAUGAAAAGGGAGUUAAGCAUGGUACAGUCAGUGUUCGAAUCAAUGACAAGGAGAACUUUGAGGUGACCACGCUGCGUAUUGAUGUGGUGACUGACGGACGCCGUGCAGAGGUUGAAUACACAAAAGACUGGCUUAUUGAUGCCAAUCGCAGAGAUCUCACAAUCAAUGCCAUGUUCCUAGGGUUUGACGGCACAGUCCAUGAUUAUUUUAGUGGUGUACAGGAUCUUCAGAACAGGAAAGUUCAAUUUGUCGGGGAUCCAAAACAGAGAAUACAAGAAGAUUAUCUCAGGAUUCUCCGCUAUUUUAGAUUCUAUGGGAGAAUAUCAGAAAGUCCUGAUAACCAUUUACCAGAUACGCUGAAAGCCAUUGCUGAAAAUGUGGGAGGUUUAAAGUGUAUAUCUGGUGAGAGGAUUUGGACAGAGCUGAAGAAAAUACUCUGUGGUAACCAUGCUGCAGAUAUUCUUCCUCUUAUGUAUGAUGUUGGUAUGCCACAAUACAUGGGUCUGCCAACCUCCACUAAUCUAGACCACUUCAAGACGGUCUGUCAUAACUCAGAAGGGCUGCAACCACUGCCUGUCACAAGGAUGUCUGCUUUGUUUAACAAUGAACAAGAGGUGUAUGAUAUGAACGAGAGACUCAAGUUAUCUGCAGAUGAAUUGCGCCUAGGAUUAUUUAUAGUGGAAAAUCGUCAUCUUCCUGAUGGAGGAAACCCUAUAAAAUUUUACAAGGACUUGGUAUGUGAUAGUGUAGGACAACAGCAAAAGACAACAGAAAGAAUUUGUGAACUGAUGAAGUAUAAAAGUGAGGGGAAACUAUGUGCUGAUCCCUCCCUAUGGACCCCACCCCCAUUUCCAGUGCGAGGAGCUGACCUUUUGAAGUGUAAUGUGAAAAAGGGACCUCAUUUACACCUUGUAUUAAAAGAACUUAGAAACAUAUGGAAAGAAAGUGACUUUAAAAUGGAGACAGCAGAGCUCCUGCUAAGAAUAGAAGAUAUUUUACCAACUCUGCCAGAAUUCCCAUCAAAAAAGAAGUAAUUGUAAAAGUGUUAUGAAAUUUUAGUGAUGGACAAAAGAAAUGAAAGAAAGAUGACAACAUGAUUUUCUUACAGUCAUUGUGAUAGUUCUAAUAAUUUAUAUUUCAUUUUUUUAUUUAUGUCUCCUUACGUAGAAAAGUCACAGAGAUGAAGAUCUACAGUUUAUAAAGCAUGACUUUAUGAGUACAACGUCAAUUCAUCCUUUUUUCUCCAGUUAGCCAGUCAGAAUGAAAUGAAUUCUCUUACAUGUAAAUCUAGGUUUCAGAAAUAAAAAAAAAAAGAACUCAGCUACACAAGUGUCUGAUAUUCUGAUUGAAUAUAAUCACUAUAGUAAGCUUAAAUAUGAUCUUUUUUGUUAAAAAUACUGAUGAAAGUUUCUUUCAGAAUAUAUUCAUUAUGGAGGUUUUAAAUUAGUCCUUCACAGCUAUAGUUGAGUUUAAUUAUUAAUUAAAUCACAACAAAUCUGAUUUUCCAAUAUCCAAACAGUGUAAAGAAGAAGACAUAUUGGCUUUAUAGGUGUUAAAGUUACUCUGGAAAUCUAAUUUUUGUUUUCCUGGGAACAGGAAUUUUCAAACAUGUGUACAGGGAAGGUACACAGCAUUAAGUUUGAAAUGUUACUGUUUGUGAAUAAAACGUUCCUAAAUGA